AUGGACGUGAGUCUUGUGAGUCAUAUUCAGUAUGCGAUACCUGUAGGUAUCGUUUUAAUUUUUGCUGUACUCGUUUUUGCAUUUGGCUUUAAAAAUGCUGAGCAGCCACCAUUCGCUCAAUUAUCAGCAGUCUCGGACGUGGAUCGAAAACAAGCUAACAAAAAAAGAAAUAAAAUAAAAGAAAAGCGUUCCACAAAUGAAAAGGCCAAUGAAAAAGCUAGUCCAGUUAAAAAAUCAUCACCAGCUAAAACUGAAUCAUCAAAAAAAUCAGUUGCUAAAAAUGAUGAGGUCGAAGGUAAGCUAAAAGAACGUAAACAAGAAGACAAUACAUCUGUUGUUGCUAAAAAAGAUAAAACUCAAGUGACCAAUAAAUCUGGAAAGGAAAAUAAAGUUGAACAAGUUAAAAACAAGAAAAAUAUGAAAAAUUCGAUUCUCGAGAAACCAGUCGAUUUUGAUGAUGGUGAUUGGGAGCAAGCUUAUUCGAGAAAAGAUAAGAAGAAGAAGAAAGAAGAAGAGUCUCCAAAGAAAAUAAAGAAAUCGAAGAAAAGUGAAUUAGUUAAUGAUGACAAGAAUAUUGAAUCUGAAAAAGUUGAAAUUAAGGACAAAGUUGCUAAAGAAACUGAAAAUAAAGAAUUGAAAGAAAAAGUUCAGAAGGAUGUUGUUUUAGAGCCAGUAGAUGAUAUUAUCGAAUCUGAAGAAAAAGAAGUCGAAUCUAUUGAAGAUAAAAAGGCUGAAAAAACCAAUGUAAUUGAAAAAGAAAAAGAAGAUAAGAAGAGUGCCAAAACAAAGAAAAACAAGAAAUCUAAUGAUUCUGAAAACACUUCCGUAUCAAAUAUAACUUCAGUUAAAACAAAAUCUGAAAAAAUAAUUGAAGAAAGGGUUGAAGAUGUUUUUCCAAAAAAGACUGAACAAGUGGAAACAUCUAAUAAAGUCGAACAUGUCUCUGAAAAGGGUGGAGCUGUUUUUGAUGAGCUAGGAGACACGUGGACCGAAGCAAAACCACAAAAAAAAAGUAAAAAGAAAGCACGUAAAGAUAAUUGA